UCCUAUUGAAACUCGUUGGAAUAGCUAUUAUUACUGUUUUUCAAGUUUAUUAAAAACCAAAGCAGCUUUAAAGGCAACUAAAUUCGAGUUAUCAUCAACUUCUAGUUCUAUGCAAAAUACAUCAUUAUCUACAAAAAUUUGCGAUAUUAUCAAUAAUAAACAAUGGUGGAUUACUAUUAAUAAUCUCGCAAAUCUUCUGUUACCAUAUUGUGCAAUUUUAAAUAAAUUACAACAAGACAAAGCUCGAUUACAUGAGCGUUGGAAAUCUUGGGAGCAACCACUUCUUUUACUUGCCUUUCUUCUCCAUCCAGAAUAUCGUAUACAAAUAUUUGAAAGUAGUAUUGAAGGAUUAUACACACAACUUAGUGACUGGAUUUGCUGGUAUUACUAUGCGUGGUUCCAAGCAGAACCAAAAUCAUUACUUCCUGAGCUUGAAAAAUUUCGUAAACAGCAAAAACUAUUUACUUCACGUGUUGAAGACCAAUUUGCAAAUGAUAUUUUAGGUUAUUGGGAGUUUUGCUCUGAUUCAGCAAAAGAAUUAAGUAAGGUUGCAUGUCGAAUUUUUUCAAUUUGUGUAAAUUCUGCAUGUGUUGAAAGACUCUUUUCAUGUAUGGGUUGGUUUCAUAAUAAAUACCGUAAUCGUUUAAAGCCUAAUAAAGUAUUACAAAUGAGUCAAUUACGUGCUGCGAUAAAUCAUCAUAAUAAUUUAAAAGCUAUCAAAAGUUCAAUUGAAACAUUUCAAAGCAACGUUCAACUACUACUACCGCAGUCUGAUAAUUCUGAAAUAUUAAUAGAUCCGACACAAAAUCAAGAUUAUACAAUAGUUGUUAGUGAUUCUGAAGACGAAGAAACCCAGAACCAAAAUAACAAUAUUAUGAAUGUGGAGGAAUGGAAUAAAACAAUAUCAAAAUGGGUUACUAUGAUUGAUGAUGAUGAGUAUUCACGAAGUGAAGAAGAGUGGGAUCAACUAAAUUCUGUUGAGUUAGAGCUUGAUGAAAAUAUAAUUAAUUCAAAUCAAGUUGUGAGUAAUAUAAUUAUUGACCAUCCAUCAAUUAAUAAGGAUGCAAAAUGGAAUCUUUGCAGUUUAUUUAGUCAAAACCUUCCAACUCCGCCAUAUUUUUUAGAAUUAGAAUAA